CCACCUGCGCGAGAAUCGUUGUAUUAGUCACUUGUCUACUUCGAAUAACGACGAAAGUUUAAUUAACGAAAAUAAACACAAACGAUUUUGCUCCAAUAUUUUUAUAAUAAUUACGUGCUAUAGAUCUAGAAUAAUUUAAAUAUUCGUAUAAGUGUGUGUAUAACUGUGUUAUGGUUUGUUUGAAAUGUAUAUUUGAAAUUAAAAUCGAAACUAAACUAUAACUAUAAUCAAGUGUAAAUGAAUAGCUUAGAGAAGGCAUAUUUACCUCAUGCUUUAUUUUAUAUCAGACCAAUUGUAGAUGCCUUCAAAAUGACGGCGGGUGCACGUAGUUCGGACUUAUCGCAAAUAGCCGUGAAUGCCAAUAAUAUACCAAACGAUAGUGUCGAUUGUGGUGUAAAAUUAUUUGGUUGUUGUAAUGGCCCUAAAUGCCUGAAAUUGGCACGAUUACGUAUCUUUGUUGUUGUGUUGACUUGUGCUGCUUUGGUACAGGGUGCUUGUGAAACCUACUUUCGUAUAUCAGCUAAAGAAGCAGCGCUAGAAUAUGAAUAUAAUCCAAUAAUUGUCGAUUGGCUCAUUGUUAGCGGCGGUAUAUUUCAAGCACUGUUUGCUUUGAUCUUCGCACAUUUGGCCUUUAAGACACAUCCAAUAAAGUGGCUAUCAGGCACUAUUAUUGCACAGUCGCUCGUCUGCGUCAUCGCUGUCAUACCAGCAAUAAUUGGCUUUUCCGAUGGCGUGGUAGCACCCAUCAACGCGAUCACCACAAAUCUCUGCAGCAUAACACCGUAUCAGAAGAGCACGCUCACCGUGCAACAGGCGCAGCUGAGCACGCUUAUAUUGCUGUUCGUACUGCAAUUCGCACUCGGCUUUGCCAAUUUAGCUUUCUACACAAUCGGCACUGCGUACUUGGAUGAUAACUCUGCGUCGAUCGAUAGUCCGGCGGUGAUAGCGACCGCUUUGGCUGGACGUAUUUUUGGUUUACAAGUUGGUUCGUUUGUGGUGAUUGGUGUGGGCGCCAUCUCAAUUGGCUGGUGGUUGGGUUGGAUCAUCUUAGCUCCAUUGGUUUUGUUAAGCGGCAUAGUAUUGGGUCUAUUCCCUAAACGUCUGCCCAAAACCGUGAUACAUCAUGCAGCUCAACGCAUUAUUGAGGAGACGCACACGCGCACAUUUGGCAGUCAAUUCUCCACCUAUAUUGAUGAUGUAGGCUUUUGCCAAUCACUCAAGCGCAUAUUCACCAACAAAUUGCUAAUGUGCAAUCUCUUGGGUAUAAUGUUCAUUCUGUCGGCUUACGUUAACUUUGAGUUGCAGGAGGAGUCAUAUCUGCAAUCGCGUUUCUUUCUUCCCUACAGCGAGGAGGAUGGGCUGUUGCAAGAGUGGGAAGCGCGCUUUGUCGCGUACUUCCUGCGGCCACCAGUGGCAGCGGUGGGAGUACUAGUGUUGGGUUUGAUUAUAUCUAAACUGAAAUUAUCAGGCAGAGCCAUAACUGGUGUCAAUAUUGUUUUGGGCGUAACCUUGUUUUCCAUUUUCAUUGCGAAUAUUUUCAUCAAAUGUGAUGUUGGCCACAUCGCUGGUGUCACAAAUGGCAAGGUGUUGCAGCCAUUCUGUUCCAGACAGUGUACCGGCAUUUGCAAGGCGAACACCUUCCAGCCCGUUUGUCCGGAGAACUCAACGGUCACAUAUUUUUCGGCUUGCUAUGCCGGUUGCACGCGCACCAAUAGCAUUAAUAGUGUUGAGCUAUAUGAGGGCUGCACCUGUACAUCGAACUACAAUGCAGAACCGCAAGGAAAUCUGCGCGCAACCGAAGGCGCUUGUAGUUUCUUGAACUGUCAGCGAAUGUUGGUUGGUUUUCAGGUGCUAAGUUUGGGAGCCGCCGCCGUUUUGGGCGCCAGCACAAUAGGCAAAGUCAUAAUUACUUUGCGCAGCGUGCUGCCGCAGGACAAGGCCUUGGCAUUGGCAACGCAACUCACACUUUUCGGCAUAUUUGCAUACAUACCGGUCUACAUUGGCUACAAUAUGGUCACGAGAUACACCUGCGUCUACUGGACACCCGAGUACAAGCGUUGUCUGCUGCGCGCGACGCCAAAGCAUGGCAAUAUUUUGAAUAUUAUUUCAGCAUGUCUUAUUUUAGUUGGAAUUCUCUUCGAUAUAUUGGUGUAUAUUUUCGCAAAAGGCCUCAAUAUAUAUAACUGCAAAGUAACCGAUCCGAAUUAUUCACCCUCACUCUACUCACCCAUACCACGUGAAGAUCCACAUCCAGCUGGGGUGCAACAAGCUGCUGGGGGCAGUCCUGCCACUACAGCCACUGAUGCUUCACCAAUGCAACGCCGCGACGCAACAAACACACGCACUGCCGCGAAACCUGAGGGUAUCAGCGUCUUUCGCAAUCCCAGCUCACUAACCAAUUCAUCGGCGGGUGAGAAUAGCGUGCAAGAGCACCCUAGUAAUGGCAUUACCUAUGCGCAAGUCGUCUUCCCACCGGACAAACACAAAGCGGACGACGGCACAAACAGUCCCAAGCGCAUGGCAGUGCGUGCUGAUGUACCGUUGCAUCAUCUGUCGGCGCAUGAUGUGCGCGCGCAGCUGGGAAAUCUCAAAUCAUUCAAUCUGGAUGCUAACGAAGAUAUAAAUGCUAUUAAACAAUUGGAACCGGAAGUAGAGGAAAAGGCACCGUUAACAUUAGAUAUAGCUGCCGCCAAUGAUCAAGCGCCAACGAAGGCUAUAACGCCGACCGCUGGCGUUAAAGUUCUACCACCGAUCGCACCGAAACCCAAAAAAACGCCAACAACGCCUAGUGCUAAGCCUGUAGAAACAGAUUUGGAUAAAAUCGAAGAUCAGCCAGCAAGACCUUUAAGUCCAGAAACAGAUUUCUGAUUUUAUAUUGAAUAUUUUUUAUUUAAUACGAAUAAGUAUUUGCAAGUUUUAGUGUUAAGUUUAUAUUCAUCUUCUUCAAAUAAAUAUUUAUGCAUAAAUGAUU